GCCUAACUUAGCCUGUUUUCAAUCGAUGAUGAUCAGAAAGUGAAUUUAUCGAUAAACUAACGUCACCUUGUACCUCUUCCUCAUACCAUCAUGUCGACUAAAACUUACUCUCUCUUUUGCAUGGGCAACCCCUUGCUCGACAUGCAAGUCACGAACGGGGAAAAACUGCUUGAAAAAUAUGGGUUGAAAGCGAAUGACGCUAUCCUUGCUGAGGAAAAGCAUGCGCCGAUCUACGAUGAGAUUGUUAGAGAACACAAGGUCACCUAUGUUGCAGGCGGUGCCUCUCAAAACACUGCACGAGGAGCCGCUUACAUUCUUCCUCCGAACUCUGUUGUUUAUACUGGAUGUGUGGGUGAAGACAGUCUUGCUGAGCAACUCAAAGCCGCCAACAAGCGUGAAGGUUUAGAUGAAGUCUACCUGGUGAAGAAGGGGGAGAAGACUGGGGCUUGCGCGGUCGUGAUUACUGCCCAACAACGUUCCCUAGUUACCACUUUGCGCGCUGCUGAAAAGUUUGAAAAAUCGCAUCUCUCUUCGCCUGAGGUUGCACCUCUAAUCGAGAGCGCAAACUUCUUCUACGUUGAGGGAUAUUUCUUGACCCAUGGUUUGGAAUCCGUUCUGGAAAUCAGCCAGAAGGCGUCUGCUGCGAGCAAGACCGUCGUUAUCAAUCUGUCCGCUCCUUUCAUCCCCCAGUUUUUUGGAGCGCAAUUACAACAAGUGAUCCCCUACACCGACAUCAUUAUCGCAAACGAAACCGAAGCGGAAAGUUGGGCAUCAGCAACGGGACAUGCUGACCCCAAGAAUCUUGCUGCCGUCGCAAAAUCCCUCGCUCUUCUUCCUAAAUCGAAUGCAGCACGUCCCCGUGUUGUGGUGAUCACUCACGGUGCUGAAGCCACAACUCUUGUUUCCGCUGGGGAUGCCGAAAACGCGAAGACUUACCCUGUUCACUCGCUCUCUCCUUCCGAUAUCGUUGACACGAACGGCGCUGGUGACGCGUUUGCUGGUGGAUUUGUUGGGGCAUUAGUUGCCGGAAAGUCCCUCGAUGAAGCUGUUGAGGCUGGCCACAAGAUGGGAGCUAUGUGUAUACAACAGGUUGGACCGCAAUACAGGUGGCCGAAGGUUCAGAUCCUCUGAAGGAUGAACUCUGUUUGCCAUCGUAGAUAAUAGAUUGCAUUGGGUACUUGGUACUAAUUCCACUUGUUGCAUCCGUAGGUAUCCGUCACUUUCAACCAGCGACAACAAAAGUAAUGUGUACAUGUACAUAUAGCAAGCGGGAUUGAUACUUCAAAAUGACAACACGAUGGUUUCCC